GGUCUCGCAUUCUCGCGCUGCCGCUGCAACUUUGGGCUCACGGGACCGGCGUCACCGAAUAUGGAAUGUCUUUUCUAAAAUCGAACUUUAGAGAAAAGUUCUGUGGAGUUUGUGUUCACGUGAGCCUGACGCGGAGAAUAUUCAUACCGCAGUGAAGAGGAGAGUUUAGAGCUCCUAUCUGCAUCUGCAUCUGCGUGUGUGUGUGUGUGUGUGUGUGUGUGUGUGUGAGGAGAAAGAGGGGCUUUAUUGGAAAUUCUCGAACCCCCAUCGGGACGCUCUCGGCUUUCAGCUCCAAGUUUUCCAGGGAAAAGUGGAGUUUGCUGGGAUCACCGUGAGGCCACACAGACUGAUGAAGGCAGAAUCCAGUCUUCAAAGAGGAUUGUGGGUGUAGCGGGUGUGUCCGUCUCAAUGCCAGUGGAUAUGCAGCCGCACCAGGGGCUGUACCACUACGACAACACCGCCAACCAGCCGAGCAGAGGGUACAGCACUCACACACACUCCCUAUAUAGGAUACAUCACUCGCACACUUCCUAUAGAGGGUAUAUCACUCACACACUUCUCAUAGAGGGUACAUCACACACACACACACACACACUCCCUAUAGAGGGUACAUCAAUCCCUAUAGAGGGAAAAUCACUCACACACGCUCCCUAUAUAGGAUACAUCACUCACACACUUCCUAUAGAGGGUACAUCACACACACACACACACACUCCCUAUAGAGGGUACAUCAAUCCCUAUAGAGGGUACAUCACUUACACACACUCCCUAUAGAGGGUUCAUCAUUCACACACGCUCCCUAUAGAGGGUACAUCACACACACACACUCCCUAUAGAGGGUACAUCAAUCCCUAUAGAGGGUACAUCACUUACACACACUCCCUAUAGAGGGUUCAUCAUUCACACACGCUCCCUAUAGAGGGAAAAUCACUCACGCACACUCCCUAUAGAGGCUACAUCACUUACACACACUCCCUAUAGAGGCUACAUCACUCACACACGCUCCCUAUAGAGGGUUCAUCAUUCACACACACUCCCUAUAGAGGCUACAUCACUCACACACGCUCCCUAUAGAGGGUACAUCCCUCAUACACACUCCCUAUAUAGGAUACAUCACUCGCACACUCCCUAUAGAGGGUUCAUCAUUCACACACACUCCCUAUAUAGGAUACAUCACUCGCACACUUCCUAUAGAGGGUACAUCCCUCAUACACACUCCCUAUAGAGGGUUCAUCACUCACACAUGCUCCCUAUAGAGGCUACAUCCCUCAUACACACUCCCUAUAGAGGGUACAUCACUCACACGCUCCCUAUAGAGGGUACAUCACUCACACACACACUCCCUGUAUAGGAUCCAUCACUCAGUUAGUAAACUUUGACUUACUAAAGAAGAAAAAUGAUAUAUUUAACAAUAUAUAUGUAUUUAAAACUUUGUUAGGAACUAUAGUUUAACAUUUGCAAUUUUCUUUUAAAGAAAUAUAUUGUUGGUAGUUUUCUUAAUCUAUUCGUUACUGUCAAGUAUUAAUUUUGGCUGUUUUCAUUUAAAGCUGACCUGUUCUCUCUGAUCAUGAAUAUUAAUGAUAUGCGUGAUCUCAUUGGUCUCUGUCGCCUCCUCUCACUGAGGCUCCUCCUCCUGCUGAAUGCCACCCAUGUUGAGCUGCCGUCAGCCACUCUCUCUCUCUCUCUCUCUCUCUCUCUCACAGCUGCUUAUUACUGGUCAGAGAGCAGAAUCUCUCCGCAUGACUGACCAAACCAGACUCAGGUUACUUCAGAGAGAGAGAGAGAGACAGACGAUGAGAGUUCAAUUUUAGAAUAACAGCUUUAUCCAGUCGUGCCAAACAAAAACAUGCAGAUUUGAAUGAAAUAGUUCUUACAAAAAAUGUCUUUUGGAAAGUUUUUCAAAGGAAAGAAACUCUCUAAAUCACCCAAAAAUGUUUUUCUUCUUGUCCAGCACAAACAUCUGAACAUCCCUAAAACAUCAUAAAUUCACACGAGAAGCAAAACGGUUUUCAGGGAAUUUUUGCUUUGGUUUUCACACUUAAAAAAACAAGUGAAUAAAAUCGAAUUGUCAAGAUAGAUACUCUAAAAAAUAAUAUUAAAUAUUUUAGUAAAUAAUCUAAGAAAUCUUCCAAGUUUAAAUAUUAAUAUUUACUUCUCAGUAACAGCUUUGCUUAUCAGAUAAAUGCAUCUUUGUUUAGGAAUGUUUAGAUUUUAUUACCGGAAAACAAGACAAAGACGCUCAUUAAGAAUAUGAUGAGAGAGAGAGAGAAGGAAUUUGCACGAGAGAGAACAACAGAUCCACAGCAGUGUGACGAAAGAGAGAGAGAGAGAAAGGGCUCAUGGGGGACAGAAAGGCAGUGGUUCGGGGGGGGAGAGAGAGAGAGAGAGACGUGCUGGAUUAGUGUGAGGAGAUUAAACCGCUCCGGAAUACACACAAUGUUCAGAGGGAAUUAGCGAGACCACCGUCACUGAACACACAUCACACAACAUCAGGGAAGAGAGGCAGAAGAUGAGCAAAAGAGAGGAAGAGAGAACAAAACUGUCAUCAAUAUGAGAAGAUAGUGAAAGAGGGAAAUAGAGGAAUGUUGGGGAUUCCCACUGACAUGUUCUUAGUCUUUCAUUGGUUUAAGUUUGAAGAGAAGCAGAAGGAAGUGGCGCCUCAUGGUGGCCAUACGGAGGAGUCACAAUAAACCCGGACUCAUGCUCUCCUCUUCAGUACUAAACUGGCUCCGUCAGUAAGAUCCCCCUACAGCGAGUUGUCGUCUGUGUGUGUGGCGCGCCCUAGUGGUCAGCCACCGGAUAGCAGAGAGAUGUACAACCCCUCCAUGACCCCUGGAGCCUGUAUGGACCCCUACAUGCGGCCACCACAUGCACCCCCACCGCACAGCAUGAUGGGACACCGCGGGAUGCCGCCGCCCGAGAGUGUCAGUGGCGCCCCCUACUGUAACCAGAGCAUGAUGUCAUCUCAUCACAAUCUGUCUCAUCAUCACCAGCCAGGAUCUGAACACAUGGGAUCAGGAGACGCGUCUUGUUUCUCGACCCCUCGCUCCAUGCUGAAGUUGAGUAAGAAGCGUGCGCUGUCCAUCUCGCCCCUGUCCGACGCCAGCGUGGACCUGCAGACUGUCAUACGCACCUCGCCCAACUCGCUUGUGGCCUUUGUCAACUCUCGCUGUGGGCAGAAUGCUGCCAGCUCAUACGGGCAUCUGUCUGUGGGCACCAUGAGUCCGUCUUUGGGAUUCUCCAGCUCCAUGAACUACCCGUCCAGACCUCAGGGGAACAUGUACAGCUCUCCAUCAUGCCACGGGCCUCCAACUCGCCUGCCUCCGCACAACCCCAGACUUCACGGCCCUCCGAAACACACACAUCUGAAGACGGAACCGGUUCUGGGAAGCGUGAUGGACAGCAUUAACAUCAAGAGCCUGGAGGAGCAUUCGGAGGGGGACGUGGCGAGUCCGUCCUCCACUGGCACCCAGGAUCCUCUUCUGGGUCUGUUAGAAGGUAGAGAUGAUCUGGAUAAAGAGGAGAAACCUGAACCAGAGGCCAUCUACGAGACCAACUGCCACUGGGAAAGCUGCAGCAAAGAGUUCGACACUCAGGAACAACUCGUGCAUCACAUCAAUAACGAGCACAUCCACGGGGAGAAGAAGGAGUUCGUGUGUCACUGGAAGGACUGCUCUCGAGAGCAGAGGCCCUUCAAGGCGCAGUACAUGCUGGUGGUCCACAUGCGCAGACACACCGGCGAGAAACCUCACAAGUGCACUUUCGAAGGCUGUAAUAAAGCGUACUCGCGUCUGGAGAACCUGAAGACUCAUCUGCGCUCGCACACCGGCGAGAAACCGUAUGUGUGUGAGCACGAGGGCUGCAACAAGGCUUUCUCCAACGCGUCAGACCGAGCCAAGCACCAGAACAGAACACACUCCAAUGAGAAACCGUAUGUUUGUAAGAUUCCCGGCUGUACAAAGCGCUACACAGACCCGAGCUCUCUGAGGAAGCAUGUGAAGACGGUACACGGACCUGAGGCUCACAUCACUAAAAAGCACCGCGGAGACACCGGUCCACGUCCUCCAGGUCUGACCCCUGCAGGUCAAAGCUCUGAACUUCUGAUAGAAAAAGAGGAGAGAAGCAGAGAGGACUGCAAAUUACUCGCUCCGGAAACCACACUGAAAUCUCAGCCAAGCCCUGGUGGCCAGUCGUCCUGUAGUAGCGAACGUUCUCCACUGGGGAGCGCCAACAACAACGACAGCGGUGUGGAGAUGAACCUUAAUGCAGCGGGCAGUCUCGAGGACCUGACCACACAAGAGGAGAACGGGAACACUGGUGUGGCCGAGUCCAGCGGUGGCGUGGGGUCGGGGGGAAUGUGCAUGUCCGUACAGGCCUUGAAGAGGUUGGAGAACCUGAAGAUUGACAAACUGAAGCAAAUUCGCCGACCAACGCCACCUGGGCGGAGCGGAGGAAACAAACUACCGGCUCUCUCAGCAGGAGAGAUGAUGGGCAUGUGUGCACCCUCACCCUUGCUCUCCAACCGGCGGGUAAUGGAGCUUUCGGCCCCUGAUCUGGGCGGAGUUAGCGGAAUGGGAAUGUCCUGCCCACCGAACGAUCGGCGCGGCAGCGGCACCAGCAGCCUCAGCUCUGCCUACACAGUGAGCCGCCGUUCCUCCAUGGUCUCGCCCUACCUGUCAAGCCGACGCUCCAGUGAAGUGUCCCAGGUGGGUCACUGCCAGUCGGUGAUGGGGACCGAUGUGCCCGGUGACCCACUAUCUCCUCAGAACAGCCAAAGAAGCGGAUCGUGCCAGAACGCUGGCGGAUUGCCAGGUCUUCCGAGUCUCACUCCUGCGCAGCAGUAUAGUCUGAAGGCUAAAUAUGCAGCGGCAACAGGUGGCCCACCGCCCACCCCACUACCCAACAUGGACCAACCUGGCACCCCUGGCAGACAUGUGGGAUUCUUGAGGGAAUGCCAUGGCCAGCCUCUUCCUCCAUUUCUGCAGCAAGGUGGCAUGAGGAGGCACAGUGCUAAUGCCGAAUAUGGCACGGGAGUGAUCUAUCCGCAUCAGGCACCCGGAAACAACACGAGACGUGCCAGCGAUCCAGUGCGCUCAGGGGCCGACCCGCAGGGUUUACCCAAAGUGCAACGCUUUAAUAGCCUGAGCAACGUGUCCCUCAUGAGUCGCCGCAACGCGCUGCAGCAGUGCGGGUCUGAUGCCGCUCUCAGCAGGCACAUGUACUCACCUCGUCCACCGAGCAUCACUGAAAAUGUCAUGAUGGAGGCCAUGGCCAUGGAACCUCACGGGAACACCGAAGGCAGAGAGCAGGGCAACUUGAUCCAGGGUGGAGACAGAGCUUACAUGGGCUACCAGCAAACUCAGCACCACCCUCACAAUGCCAGUCAACUGUCUCCUGGACAAGAAGGCUUGGGAUGCAUGGAUCAAGUCUACCAGUCUCAAAUGCAAGGUCCGUACCAGGGCCAGAGUGAGGAGAUCUGUGCAACCGGGGUGAUGGGUCAGGCUGACAUUGCGAACAAUCUUCUACAGCAAGCUGAGUAUGGCAUGAGCACCUGUCAACUCAGCCCAUCCGGCCCACACUAUCCUAGUCAAGGCGAAGGAUCAGGGCCCUGGGGACAGACCAACCAGCUCCACAGCCCUCAGACCGGCAUGCAGUACCAGGGUGCAGGCAUGCAAGGACAGCACUACCUUCAACAGGGCGUAUACGACCCUACAUCUGACCCUGGCCAUCAAAGAGUUACUGUAAAACCUGAACAGUUCCAUCCGUCCAUGGGAGGAUCCAGUUCCUGCCAGAACACCAAACCUCUACACCAGCAUCGGCAUAAUACGAAUAUGCAGGGAUAUCCAACGCAAAGCCAAGGGCUCAUGGGAAGGUCCUCCAAUGCCAGCUGUGACUUCCAUCAUGGCCAGAUGGGAACACAAACCGGACUUCCGCAGCAAAGCCAGGCGGGAUCGUUCCCGAGCAGUGGAGGAAUAAAUCUUGCGUUGGCGGAGAGCCGCAGGUCACAGACACCAAUGCAUCAAAUGAAAGAGAUGAUGGUGAGGAACUACGUGCAGUCCCAGCAGGCUCUCCUAUGGGAACAGCAGCAGGAGCAGAGGGUAGUUGAUGGUCUCUCCGGGAAGCCUGACGGCAUAGACAUGGGAGGACAAACGGCGAUGCUGCAGCACAGCCCACAGCAUCAACAAGCUAACCAGAACCUUUACCCCGGUAACACUUAUCAAGGCUUCCCGAAUCAGAACUUGAUGAGCCCACCACAAAAUCGAGUUCCCGGUUCUGUCAAGGAGCAUACAGCUGGCAUGCAGGGCUCCUGCUACGGGCCGGACAUGGUGCCACGACCACCUCAGGGACGGAAGCCUCUGAGUCGCCAGAACAGCCUCUCCCAGCAGGCAGGUGGGGCUUACCUGGGCAGCCCACCUCACCUCAGCCCGGUCCACUCCACCGCCAGUCCCAGAAGAGGAGUGCGGCUCCCGCCGGUUCAACAGCAGCAGCAGCAGCAUUCAGAAAACUUCACAAAUAACAAUAAUCCCAUGUAUUACACAGGCCAGAUACACAUGCACCAUGACAUAGAGAAGACUCAGGAUGGUCCAUGUCUGGCCCAGCAACACCUGACAGGGAUAGACCCUAGCACCAAACCCACAUCGAUGGCCUACUCGGACCCUGCACCCAUGUCCAAUGCCUUAGAAAACCUGGACUUGGAGAACGCUCAGAUUGACUUUGCUUCCAUCAUCGAUGACCCAGAGCCUUCAUCUUACAGUCCAAUAAACCCACCACUGGGACACCACCAGUGCUCCUCUCAGGCCUCCUCCCGUCUCACCACACCCCAAACCUCCAUCACCCUUCCAAGUGGCCUCUCUAAUAUGGCAAUUGGGGACAUGACCUCAAUGUUGACGUCCCUAGCUGGGGAGAACAAGUACUUGAACACGUUAUCUUAAAGUGUUUCUACAUAUAAUUGGGCCAAAGUGAGCACGUGGACUCAGAAACUAUUGCCCUCAUGACACUAAAGGUUCCUCUGAACGUCCCACUCCUUGUUUGCACGCCACGUACUGAUGGUUCUGCUGGUGUCCUACAUAGGAUCUAGCAGAUUUUGCAUAAGAGUUUUGUGUGUAAAAUAAGUUGCUAAACAUUACCAUAGAGGCCUAAUGACUAUUAUUACUCAAGGGGCAUUCCAGUCACUACUGUGAGACUGUUAAGAUGGAAGUCUUUGUUUAAAAUGUAAAUAUGAGCUUUGGACUGUAAUUGGUGGAAAGAUAGAAUCAAAGAAAAUGUACUUUUUGAUACAUAUCUGGACUUGGACUGGCAAAAAAAGCCACAUGAACACCACAUAAGAAGACACAAAGUGAAUGAAUGUGUAAAGGAAGAAGCUAGUAGGCACAUUCUCUGAAAGUAUUGGUAAAGACAGGACUCAAGUGCCUUUGACCAUUGUGGCCUCUUUGAUUCCUCACAGGUACGACAAGUUGGAGAAAACGAGAUACAUGGACAGAUGGAUAAACACAGUAUGAAGCCCAAAGUAUACUUCAGUUUUGACACAAACACCUAGCGUAUGAGUACAGUCCAAUGCAUAGCCUUUCAAAGUAUGCUCCAUUUGACAGUGAGCAUGAACACAGGCGAAAAUUUCAUUUUGUCUGCACUAUUUCUUUCCAGAAGUUAUGAGCAAUAAAAAAUGUCUUUGUACUCUUUUAAUCUAGAGUUCUGUGCAUCUCUGAACUCCCUCACACAAGCGGGAGUUUAUUGUUUUUCCGUCUUCUGGAGUUUGUUAUUCCGUCCAUUACUUUUUCGACCAUGAAAAGGCCAGGCCAGUGCCGCCUUGCGGACCAACUUAUUAGUGCAAAAAAAUUCAAGGCACAUGCGCGAGCUAAGCGCACAGACUACAUGUGGUUAGAAAAAAGGGGCUAUGAUGAUGACGAAAUUUGCGUUAUAUGCACUGUGCACAUGACCGUAACAUACACACACAAAAAAAGUAUACUUUGGGCUUAAGAGAAAGGGUUUUCUCAUUAAAACUCAUUGCUUACUGUCAUAAUGGCAGAUUACAGAACAGUAUUUUAAAGCCUUGUCAAUUAUCGCUCUAGGUCUAGACAAGUGCCUUUGAAUCAUAAUAUUCAUUCAAAGUUGUAGUGUUUGUUUUCUGAUUGUUUGACUAGUCUGCUUUCAGACAGAUACGUUAAAGGGUAAAGGCACUGAGUUGUGUUUUUUUGUAAUGUUUCUCUUAGUCUGCGCUGCGCUACAUAACCCAAGCUAGCAUGCAUAUGCAUUGCACUGACAACAGCACUGAGCUGAGGAGAAGUGAUGAAUUUUUAUUAAAGUUUCCACAUAGUAUGAAAGUUACAUACAGUGCAGGUACUUGAUGUUUGUCAAGCUUUUGGUUUUAAGUCCUCUGUUAUUUCAACACUUUGUCUACAUUGUGCCUAACUCAUUUUAAGUAUCUUUUUAUCAUUUAAGUGUUAUCGAGGGGUGCGGUACGGACACAACCCUUCAAAAAUCCCAGUGUUUCCACUUUCUGUGGCAUACCAAAGACGACUGGCACUGAGACGAGGCCACACUUGAUACUUGCGAGAAACACCAUCAUGUGCUUCCAUAUUGCUGUGAUAAAGAAUGUUUCCUCUUUUUUUAAAGAAAAAAAAAACAUUUUGUGGUUUUUGCUUUUCUGUGUGUUUUUAUAUCUGUCACAGUUCACUCAAACUUUUUUGCUGGCAAAAGUUCAUAAAGUAGUAACAGAUUUAUGAUAUUAGCAUUUAUCUCAUCUAUUUACAAGGAAACUAAGUGAUAUUUUUGCGUACCAUUUUCUACAUUUUUGUACAAAGGUACUAUAUUAUACCAGUUUAUAAAUAAACAGAGCCUGUGAUGGAAGAAGACGA